AUGGAAAACAAUACUCAGGGAACUUUAGCCAGCCAGGUGGUCAGCAUGUUUUCACUGCUGCCCGCGAACACGGCGGCAUGGUUCGCCCUUCUGGAGAGACAAUUCGAGGCAGCACUGAUUACAGAGGACAACAUAAAGUACGUGACGCUAGCAAAAUGCCUCAAUGGUCAACAGCUCCAGGACGUCGAAGACCUGAUGAUGAACCCCCCAGAGAUCGGACGCUACGAAAAAUUGAAACACGCGCUCAUUCGCAUAUUAUCCGAUACGGACGCGACCCGGAUAAAAAAGUUGGUGGAAAGCGAGGAGAUGGGAGAUAGGAAGCCAUCCCAGUUUUACCAACACUUGAAAAAACUCUCCAGCCUCUCCACGCCCGAUGAUUUUACCCUCACGCUGUGGAGGAACCGAUUACCCGCUCGCAUCAGGCGUAUCCUCGCGGUAGUCGACGACUCGGACCCGGGAAGGUUAUUGCGGCAAGCGGAUCUGAUCGCUGAAGAAUUCAAGGAGGAUUAUCAGCGCACCGCCCGAGUAACGGCAGUAAUGGACGCACCAGCGCAAAACGUUGGAACAUACGAACCAAUGGCCGCAGCAAUCAACGUGUUGAGCGAGCGAAUGUCACAGUUGCAGGCACAGAUGGACGCGUUGAGCAUCAUUAAUCAUCGUCGACAACGACCACGAUCACACUCGUGUUCGCGAUACCACCGAUGUUCGCGCUCUCGAGAUCUGCAGCUGCAAGACGGUCUUUGA